CGUAUUUGUCAUCUUCUUCCUCUUUCAGACCAGACAGAAGCUGUCCUUUUAUCCGAAUAAUAAUAAUAGGGUUUUCAUUUCUCGUAUAAUCCAAAUCAUCGAAACCCUAAUACAUCUACAAUCAGGCUUUAGCAUCCGUGUCGUUUGCUCCCCCUUGUUUCAACUAAAGGUUCAUGUCAGAUCUUGAAGUUCAAGUCCCCACUGCCUUUGAUCCGUUUGCUGAUGCAAAUGCUGAGGACGCUGGUGCUGGAGCAGGAACAAAGGAAUACGUGCACAUACGUGUUCAGCAGCGUAAUGGUAGAAAAAGCCUGACCACUGUCCAGGGCCUUAAGAAGGAGUAUAGCUAUACCAAGAUCCUUAAAGACCUCAAGAAAGAGUUCUGCUGCAAUGGCACCGUUGUCCAAGACUCUGAACUAGGACAGGUUAUUCAGCUUCAAGGUGAUCAGAGGAAGAACGUCUCUACCUUCCUUGUUCAAGCUGGUCUUGUGAAGAAGGAUAACAUCAAGAUCCAUGGUUUUUGAGCAAAUUUGUUCAUCUUCGCACAACAACUUCAAUUUGCAGCAUCGAUCAGCCAGUACUAUUAACCAUAUUAAUGCUUUUAUAUAUAUUCUGUUUUUAAAAAAAUGAAAGGUUUGCUUAUGUGUGAACUUAACAAAUGUAUGAACUUUUCAUUUACGUUUAUAGUGUGAGAUCAUCAAUAAAACUUGCUCUGAUUUGUG